AUGCCCGCCGGAGCCGCCCUUCCAGGAUUAUUCCUGUGCUUUGCAGCGACCGUUCUUCUCAUAUUUGUAUCCGUAUCUGUGCCAACCUGGGACAGAAUAUCGUUCCUAAACGUUUCAACCGGUGCCCAACAAGUACGAUAUGGUGUCUUUGGGUUCACGGGAAGCGAUGUGGGAAUAGGAUACGAUCUACCGACCGGAGUCGAUUCAACCGUGCUGCGCAACCUCACGAAGACCCUCAUUCUUCAUCCGAUUGCUGCCGGACUCGCAGGACUCGCUUUCCUCUUCGGAUUGUGCGGUGCCGCAUACUCGCGCUUCGGGACGAUUAUGAUGACCCUGCUCUCCGGGCUUGCGACGAUCAUCACCCUCCUCAUCUGGAUCAUCGACAUGGUCCUCUUCGGUAUCGCUCGCAACCGAUUCCGCAACGAAGGUGCUACAGCGCAAUACGGCAACGCCAAUUGGAUCACGCUGGGAGCACUAGUCGCGCUCAUCCUCGGCUUCUGUGUCUCCGUCUGCGGAAGCUUCGGCAGAUACAGAAGAAGAAAGGAUGCCUACUAG